ACUUCCUGGUUUGACCCGGGCACAUCACCUUCAGAAUGUGCACGAAAACAGAUCAAUUCAAAUGAAAAGUCACUUUUCUCAAAAGAAAGAUGGUCGAGCAAUAGCACAGGACAUCAUCAAGAAUCAUAAACUUGCAGAAUAUAUAACCGCAUUUACUAAAAUUGAAUGUGGUGGCUCCUUUCUUUAUGGCGUCCAUGAGGAAACUAUUUUCAAGAAGGGAUAUGGUUAUGAGACUAGAGUAAACCGCAUCCAACCAGUAGUCCUGAAGGACAGAACCGUUUUCGGGGACACUUUAGGGGAUAACAUCAAGAAUACUGUCCUGGUCUGUGACUAUGAUGGAAAUGAACUAUGCCCAGAUCCAAAUAUUUUCCAAAUUCAUUUUAUUCCUUGCACACCAGCGGAGGAAUUAGUUUAUCGGCGAGACAGUGGAGAAGCUGUACAUGAUGGACAUGGUGAUGAAGAUGCUGUAGUUGUUCAUGUUGCUGUCAGACCAGUGAGUGGGAUAGUGUUCCAUGACAAACAAGGACCGCUUGCAUAUAGAUAUGACAGACAAUUCAAACUGAUCACACGGAUAGAUAUCAAGGACUGGGUUCGUGCCCUCACAAAACGGAGAGUAACUCAGCAGUAAACUGCUGUAACGCACGAGGGCAGGAUGUGGAAGCUUCUGCAAAAUACCAUAGAGGAGGAUGAGCAGGAUCUUUAUCUUGGGACAAAUGACAUCUUUCGUCCUGACCUGAAACAGAUUGGAAACAGUCUCUUUGAAAUCAGAAGUUACUUUAUUGAAAAGGAUGGCCAGAGUAUUGCACCAACAAAACUGAGGACCCCUUUAGCACAAGUGAAAGAACGACUCUUGGAACACAUAGAAAAUCAUGCAUACGACUUUGUUUUUGAUCCUCUCACCAACGAAGUAGUAGAUCUCCAAAACCCAAAGGCUGGACCAUGCUUUAUGUUCUUAUCUCAUUCUUUAGCAGUUGCGUUAGAUUUCUAUACAUCGCCCCGACCAAGCAACGCUGUAUGUGAUGUAUUCCUGGCUCUGCCUACACAGUCUGUGAUAGUUUUGUCACUGGUUGAUGGGGAUGAAGACUGUCCUGAAGCAGUGACAUACAGUAUGUCAGUGGCGAGAGGAGUUAUAGAGACACUAAGCAGGUUCACUGAUGAGGAUAUCAACUCAAUCCAUGGAGCCAUUCCCAUUUCUCUCCUUGAGGACGCUGUUGGAUUUAAGAAUCGAUUGAAGAAGCUUGCAAAUGAGUCUUCUCAUUUUGUCACAAACGAUUCUUUGGUAAUGACUCCCAGUAGGUAUGAAAAAGUCCUCACUGCUUUCUGGGCUGGUGUUGCUGAAACGAAGUCGGUGCUGAAAGCAGAAAGAGGAGACACCGAUGGCGACUAUCUGAGAUUUCUCACUAAAGAACAAUGUAUCAUUCUGGUGGAGAACAUCAACAGUAAGGACGUCCAGGUCAAGUGUAUGCCCGGUAGUGGAGCUACGACUCUGAUGCUGGAGGUGGCCAGGAGACUGAACAGACUGGGGGACACUCUGCUUGUAUGUAGGUCACGACAGGAGAGGGACAGGCUCAGGUCGGUGUACCCAUCAGCUGUAGCAGCAGAGGAUCUCAGUAUGGUGGACAUGUCUUCUUGUGUGAAUAUAGUCGAUGAAACCAACACAGUCAUGGAACAAACAAGCGGCCACAAUUGGCGGUUUACAACCUAUCCAACUGCUGUAAAAGAACUGAAGUCCCAACUACUUGAGGCAGAAAUAGUCGAUGAAACCAACACAGUCAUGGAACAAACAAGCGGCCACAAUUGGCGGUUUACAACCUAUCUAACUGGUAUCAAGGAACUGAAGUCCCAAAUAUUUGACGCAGAAAUGGAAAUCGAAGGAAUGGAGACACAAACAGAUGCAUUAUCUGAUGAAUCCUGGAAGGAACGGAUUGAAGAACUCCUCAGGGACUUCAGUGUGCUGAAAAUACUUAGUUUCAAGCUGGGUUCAACAGGACCUAUGUCCGCUCAUGAAGUACGCCAUAGUCUGGAAUACAAGCCAAGUCUCCUUACAGCAAGCAAAGGUCAUUAUGCAUCUUUGGGUGGUUUCAAGCAACUGUCUGUUACACAAGAGGCUUGGUUGUCAGACCUACAUGACGGACUAAGACAAAGGAAAAAUCUUGCCCCGCUUCUCAGAUCGAUCAUUAUCCAAGAUAAAACGGAUCAGUUCUAUCAAGACGUUAAAAAUGUUCUCUUGAGAGAAGCUUUGGAGAUAAGGAAACAUGCAGAAUCGAAACAAAGCUUUGCUAUGGUUGGCCAUGUUGAAAGUCCAAACAUUCAACAACAAAUGGAGAUGUUCCACGUUGAAUCAGAGAAUGCAGGAAUGGAAUCUAAUAUCUCAGUACGGAAGGAAGGAUGCCAGAUAAACGAUAUGGAAACUGAGAUGCAGAACACAGAUGGAAAAGAUCUUGAGAGCCGCUGGGACGAGAUCCAAACACUUAAUCAAGAACUGGACAACUUACUGAAGGACAGGGAUCGUAGAAAAGGACAACUCCACAAAUUAUACACGGUGGAGUGGCAGGCUGUGAUGGAAUACCUGGCCAACCACAAGGCGGACUUAUCUAUGCUAGACAUAGAGAUACCAGGGUUUCAAGUCUUUCAGGGUUUACCAGGCAGACAACCUUCAAUCUUCCCAGGACGUGUCACCUCAGUGCAAGGUACAUCAGCGGUAUCAACAGUAGGUCACGAAGAAAUUGGGGAACAGUUCGGGCCUUCCAAAAGGAAAAGGAGAAGACUUGACGUAUCAGGUUCUGCAACAUCACAAUCUGACAACACAAAUAAUGGUCGAGACAAAGCAGAGCAAAGACAAUAA